CAGGUGGUAGAACAAGGAGCAAUGGGCUCCAGUUGCAGCAAGGGAGGUUUAGGUUGGAUUUUAGGAAGAACUUUCUCACGAGGAGGGCAGAAUCAUAGAAGACAAGGGCUGGAAGUGACAUCUCCAUCCUUGAAGCGUGGGAGACAAGUGUGGAACAACCAGAUGUGGGGGAAGCUGAAAGUGUGGCCAGACUCACAAAGGGAUCGGACAAAUUCUUGGAGGAAAGGGGCAUCAGUAGUUACAAGCUUUGUUCCUACCCAGAUAGAGGCAGACUCAAGCACUCAAGAAGAAGGACAGCAUGGGAUAAACUCAGAGAACGUUGAACAUCCUUCUGCGUCUUUUAAGCUGUUCCAUCCUGCCAAGCCCUCCCCCAGCUUUCUUGAGCUUCCAUUCACCCAGCGCAGGCCCAUCCGGGGUCACCGCUGCAUCCAGGCUGUAAGGCUGGGACACACACAAUUCUCCCCCGACCAUCAGCCACAAGAGUGCAUGGGCCUGCUGGAAUGCAUGCACAACCAUCUCCAGAUUCAGACCAAGAUGGUGCAGGCCCAGUUCAGUCUGUUAGAGGGGCUGCAGGAAUCCUUAAGCCUGCUCCAGGCCACCUCAGAGCAUAGGGGUAGGCAGCAGGACAACUCAGAGACUGGCCUGCAGGGCUUGACUUCCGCCUCCAAAUGAUGUGCCCAGGAUGUGGUUGAGCUUGGAGUCCCAUUUCUUCUUAGGUAGCCUCAUCUCUGCUGCAGCUUCAGUGCCGGUGAUCACCUCUAGAGCUCUUGAGACUGGGGUUCCCGUUGUGAUGCCAAGCACCGGGGCUAUGGCUGGAGCCAGUGCUUCUAAUAAAGCUGUUGUAAACACAUCCUGUGUGAGCUUUUCUCCUGCAUGGCUUUCCACCCUUUUCUGUUCCCCUGUCUCUGGCUGCCACCAUAGAUAGAUAGAUAGAUAGAUAGAUAUGAAUGUAUAUGGAUGUAUGGAAGUAGAUAGGUAGCUGAGUUAUGGAUAUAGUUGAGUAUAUAUGGAUGGAUGGGGGUAUAUAGAUAGCUGGAUGGAUGGGUUGGUGGAUGGACGGAUGGUUGAGUUACGGAUAUAGAUGAGUAUAUAUGGAUAUAUGGGAGUAGGUAGUCAGUCAGACAGACAGACAGAUAGAUGGGAAGGAACUGGCCUUCAUAAUACAUGUAGAUGGAUGGAUGAAUAGAUGGAUAGAUAGCGUGUGACUUGUUCUCCUGCUGGAAAGGCCCAUGCUGAUUUGCUAGCCUAGCCCACAGCUUGUUCCCUAGCACCACCAGCCUGGUGGGCAGCGGGGGCCAGUGGGUUGCAUCCAGUGGAUCGUGGGGUCCCCAUUCCACAGCGGUUGGGAAGGGCAGUUAGGGGCACCAGCACCUUUCCCUUGGCC